AUGAGGUUAUCAUUGUCGAAGAUAAUUCUGUUAGCACUGAUGUUGUACUCUGUCUCCACUUCGAUAGCAUCAGCGUGGAAAGCCCACAGAACGAAUGAAGACACCAUCGACCACCUUCUCCAUCCUUCCGACAUCCGCAACAACAGCGAAGCGCCGCUCUCACUUAAAAACAAAAUCACUGAAAAAGACGAGGAUGAGAAUAAAAACACGGAGGAAAAUGAAACGCCUGAUGAUUUAAACCUAACUAACUUCAGUGAUUAUCUACGUCGACAGAUCUACAGAGGGGAGGAUUUUGAUUUAGAUUAUGAGACCGUCAAACGUGGUUUCGGCGACAAAAGGGGUUUCGGCGACAAACGUGGUUUUGGCGAUAAGCGUGGUUUCGGCGACAAGCGUGGUUUCGGCGACAAGCGUGGUUUCGGCGACAAACGUGGCUUCGGCGACAAGCGUGGUUUCGGCGACAAAAGAGGAUUCGGUGACAAAAGAGGAUUUGGCGAUAAAUAA